AUGUCUCGCGUCACCGGCGCCCUGGACGCCCUGGAUGAGCUCAGGGCGAAACUCACGUGUCCACUCUGUGAACGAUUAUUCACCUCCCCGGCGACGCUCCCGUGCGCGCACACGCAGUGCCACGCGUGCGCGACCGAGCACGUGGAUGCCAGAGGGAAGGGAUUCGUUCAGAGCGGAUGCGCGGAGUGCGGGGCCCCGACGGAGCUGCGGGAGGUGCAGGUGAAUCAGACGCUCAGGGAGUUUGUGGAGGCGUUUCGGGCGACAGAGGGAGAUUUGAGGGAGAUUUUAGCGAACAUGCGAGCGAUCGGACGGGAAAGCGGGUCGGGUGCGACCGCGGAGGCGGUGGAGACGGAGACGGAUGAACGAGAGCGAGGGAUGGAGGCGGAGGAUCCGGACGCGGAGAGACGGUUGGCGUUGGCGACGUGCGAAGAGGCGGCGGAGGAGAUACGGGUGAUCGAUGCGGAGCUAAGAGCGAUAGAGGAGCGGAUGCGAGCGUUGACGAGUGAAAGUGGUGAUGUGACGAUGGUGAACGCGGAGAUGGAGAUGGAGAUGGAGGAGGAGGAGGAAGACGCGACGCAGGCGCCAAAGUUUGCGUCGAUGAAUCUGACGCAGUUGCGAAAAGUGUACCGCGAUUUGUACGGUGCACCGGCGCCUCAGGGACGGAAGAAAGGGUGGUUCACGAAGCAUUUUACCUCGCUCGAUCCCGAGGUCGUGGCAUCGGCGCUGGUGUCGACGCAACCCGACGCGCCCGCCGCGGCGAAAAUAGUCGUCGCGUACAGCUCGAGUGCGAGACGACAGAGUGGGAAUCUGGAAGAAAUGUUCGCGCAGGCGGAGCGUAAAAUUAAGUCUAUCGAUCCCAAGGCGGUGUUCUUGGGUGUUAAGGAUCUUACUUCGGAGUGCACGCACUUGAUCAUGGAUACGGGGUCGUCCUCGCGAGACGUGAAGAACAGAACGGCCAAGUACAUCGAGGCUAUUGUGCGUGGUCUGUACAUUGUCCACAUAGAUUGGUUAGACGAUUGCGCAGAGCGCGGAGAGUUUGGUAACGAGGAGGCAUUCGAGCUGAAGGAUGCCACGAUCUCGGACGCCGCCGCGAAAGAUGCCCAGGAUGGCCCGCGACGAGCUCGCAUCGAUAGAGCGACGAAUUCACGCGGGCUUUUUCAUGGUAUAACGCUUCGCGUGAAGGGCUGCGGGCGUUCACUUUCGGUUUCGGCUUUAGAGAGAAUAUUGAAGCUCGCUGGCGCCACGAUCGUGCCCGAUUCGCCGAAUACGCCUCGCCGAUCUUUGCGAACACGCAAGUCAAUGCCAAACGCAGACCAGGUACCAGAUAGCGAGGACGAGACCCCGGAGAGCGAGACCCCGGAUGCGGCGAGUGGACGUGACGGCGGAUACGACGAGGAAACCGACGAAGAGUCGCACUGUUUGACGUUAGUUGACGAUACGACGGAAGAGAAGUCCGCGAAUGCGGUUCUCUGGACGUGGGCGCUCGAGUGCGUGUGUUGUUACGAGCUAUUGCCCACCGUGCGGUGGCGCGUCGGUGGCGACGCUGCCGCGUGA